AUGUUGGGUGUCCAUUUUGGGCGUACAAGAAAUACGACUUCCACGUCAAAUCGGUCAUUGAGGUUUGAGUUGGCAGCAUUUCUGCACAGCCGCCCAGCGAACAAGAAAGCCCGAAUCAUCAUCCGGCCAACGGUCAUGGGUCCGGUCUUCAUUUCGCUGCCGGCGGGCCUGUCAUUUGUCAUUCUGCUUCUUUCUCUUGCCCAAAGACCCGCAGCAGAGGUGCAUGGCAAUGAAAAUCAUGAGUUCGUUUGGCCCUUGAUGGGUCUACUGGCUUUUGCUGGCUUCUAUGUCUCUGUGGCGGCGUUGCGUGCGUACUUCAGAUCUGUGGAUGAGUUGCGGACGCAGUUGUCUACAUUCACCGUAGCCGACUCGCUGUGCUGGUGCUGCUCAACAGGCCAUCUGACCGAAGCUGGAGAACGGCUCAUUUGCGAUCGCAAGGUCAUCUAUAGCUGCAUCAUAUCCUGGUUCGGCAGCCUUGAGAGCUUCGAGAAGAAGGUCCGCACGGAAGUCCAGGAAAAUCUUCUUGGCCAGCUGUCGAGGCAGGUCUUUACAUACAAGCAGUUGGCUGCAGCAUCUCUGCCGCUGCUCUGGUCCACGUUCUACGACAUUACCACAGAAGGAGCUUUACACAACAUCUGGGUAGAAGGCCUAGAGAGCAACUGGCACUGGGCUGGGGAUCUCAGGAGGCUUGUCCGAGGAAUAGCUUGGGGACUCGGAAUUUUGCCCCUGAUGUUCUGCUUGGCAGUGAAUCUCGCCUGGCUGCUUCGUGGCAGGCGCAAAGCAGGAUGCAGAGACAUCUUGACCAACUGCUUCAUUCUCUUGAUCCUGGUGGCGUUGUUUCUGGGAUGCUUGUCCUUCGAAACCUGGUGCUGGGGAACUCACUUUGACUUCGUGACCGAUGGGAACCACUGGUACAACUUACUUCCAGGAUCAUGUGUCUUUGCUAUCAUCAUGCUAUCGCUCACGGCAGGGACUUUCCUGUGCAUCGGUCCAAUCGAUGCAUUCGGCUUUGCACAGCGGAGAGGUCGUGGCAACGUCCCUGUAACGCCAACUUUCAUCGACCUGAUCAACCCAGGAUCUUCCACGAUGCAGGCCUUUCUUCGAGCUCUGCAGCUCCUAAGGGUCUUGCAGAUUCCUGCCUGGUACCGCAUCACGGGCUUCGAAAGCGGCGUGAGAGAGUGGCUGCGACAUCGGAGUCGGGAAUUCCGGGCCUUCUGGAACGUCAUGUGCCUCUGUGUCCUGGGCUGCCUCUUUCUGCACUGCCUGACCUGCGUGUGGUUCGCGGCCGGGCACCGGACAAGCCGAGGCUGGGUAUACGCCCAUGGCAUCGAUGACGCCAGCUGGACAACACAGUACCAGCACAGCCUGGAGUGGGCCAUGGCUAGACUUCCCCCCUCGCGGAUGACCGAGAACAUGCAGCUCGAAACUUCAGUGGAAAAGUUGGUCUCUCUGAUGGGGACCGGGCUGAUGAUGCUCUUCGGCUCUAUCUUCACUUCGAUGGUCACCAACGACAUCUCGGACAUUCGGCGUGUGAGGAGGCAGCAGAAGGAGGCGGAGUACCAGGUGUCAGACUACUUGAUGAUGUAUCCUGUGUCCUCGGAGUUGCAAGUGCAGCUCAGGGAGUACCUGCAGCGAAACAAGUCGAAGAUCCAGCAGCCCUCGAAGCAAGAGAUGAGAAACGUCCUGCCUCAGUUCCUGUAUCGCGAGCUGUGCCGGGAAGCUCUCGGACCUGUCUUCGCAGAGCACCGGUUCCUCGACACCCUCCUCAAGAAGCACGCCGGCUUGCAGUACGAGCUCUGCGCCAACGGCCUCGAAGAGGUGCGCGUGGUUCCAGAGGAGACUUUGUUCUCACCGGGCCCUCACUGUGAGAACAUGCUCUUCGUGGUUGGCGGCAAGGUUGCGUACCGCCGGCUCGCCGAAGGCUGCGGAAGCGGUACGCGCGAAAACUUGCCUGGCGGCGGUCGAAUGAAG